AUCUUGUGGAAUAUAAACAAUCAUUCAGUGCGUCAACCGGAUGUGCAGACCGAAGAGAUGCAGUGAAAGGGGGCAGAGUACAAUGUUGUUGUAUGCAUGCUGUGUGUAUGAACCAACAGGAGCAUUUUCCCCCAGAGAAUUUCCACUGAUAAUCACCGUAAUCACUUACUAAUCAACUCGUGCUGGAGUACCCUACAGCGAAUGGCAGUCUUAUCUAGUGUGACGCCACACCUGUCUCCAGCCCAACCCCCACCUUUGCCCAGAUCACUUCCAUACAAACCAAACUUCCCCCUACUACCUUUGCAGAACAGUUGAACCGUGAUGGCGUCUACCUAUGAAUGUGAGUGCUCUACCGUCUUUUAUUUGCGUUAGCUUGAAAAUACCUGUGCCAUUGAUGGUGGUUUCUUCGUGAAAUUAGAUAAGAAAUUGCAUGAAAAUAUAAAAAAGGGCGGAACACGCCAGACCAAACAGGGAGCCACACUUGAAGACUGGCGAGGGAAGACACAAACAUAAGAGUUACCAUGGUGAGAGCAUGCCAGAGAAAAAAGGCCCGAGGGCGUCCGGUGCGGGAUGCCAUGCGAAAAGCUGUCAAGCAUGUGGUGUCACAUAUGAAGGCCACAACCAAGGACCUCAGCGUCAAUGAUCACACACUUACACACGUCUGUGACCAAAUAUCAGAAAAUGAAAUUGAUGCAAUGGAAGACACCCCUGCCUGCAAUGAAGGCAAUGUGGACGCAAGGCGAGAAUCUAGUUCUGAUCUGGAGAGGGAGUUGGCCUCCUGUAUUUUCAGUGCAGCCGAUAUUUACAUUUGUCUUUCUUCCGAGAAAGUCAGGAGAUUGGCUUACCAGUUCGCAGUAAAACACCAACAACCCGUGCCUUUAUUGUGGAAGAAAGAUGAGCUGGCCAGUGAAGACUGGCUUUCUGCUUUCCUAAGGCAACACCCUACUCUGCCAAUUAGCAGCGCUAAAGCAACAGGUCCAACAGGGGGAACUGGCUUUAACAAAAACAACGUUCACGUCUUUUUGAGUAACCUAGAGGAUGUGGUGAAGAGACAUGGUUUUAGACCUGAAUUGAUGUGGUACGCGGAAGAAAUUGGUGUUGCCAUAGCUCAAAACCGCCACACGGUGGGAACCAGGAGGGAUUUCCAACAGGUGGCGGCCAUUACCUCUGCUGAGCAGAGUUGCCCGCUCACCAUGACUUGUUCAGUCUCAGCUACAGGGAACACAAUUCCACUCUACUCUGUUUUUCCGAGAUUGAGAUUUAUGGAGGACGUCCACGCUGGGGCCCCUGCAGGAAGCUGUGGGGGCUCCCACCCCAACGGCUGGUUGAAAGAGGAACAAUUUCUUGACUUCCUGAGGCAUUUUGUGCGACAUUCAAAGUGCUCCCCUGAGAGGCCUUGUCUCCUACUGACAGAUAAUCAUGGAUCCUACCUCUCCAUUGAAGCCCUUGAUUUUGCACGAGGAAAUGGAAUAAUGUGGAGGAUGAUUCCCCCUAACUGCUUCCACCUCUUGCAGCCCCUGGAGUGUACCGUUUAUAGACCAAUUAAAGCACACAUAAACACAGCUAUUGAUGACUGGCUACUUGCCAGUCCAGGGAAGACUGUUGCAAUUCAUGAUAUCCCAGGAAUCAUUACCAGGGUCCUGCCCCUGGUCACUUCCCCACACAACAUCAUGGCUGGCUUUAAGGCAUGUGGUAUCUACCCUCUGAAUCCUGACAUUUUCACAGAUUCUUCUGCCACAGACCACCCAAUCUCCUCUGAGACCCAUCCAUACAGUGAGCCAGCACUCAUCUGCAACGGUGGAGCCUGCAACCCUGACAAUAAAAACCACACCAGAAUUCCUGUGGCAUAUGAUGGGCAAGGCCACUCCAGCAGCACUCAUGAUCUGCAAGACUAUCAUCGAACCCCAGGCCUUUGGUUUCACAGUCCUACUCCAGGCCCCUCAGGUGCACCCAGUGGUCCAACUUCAGGAUGUAUUGACUCGCCAGAAUCAUCUGAUGAAGACGAAGGUCUCUGUCGGGUGUGUAUGGAGCCUUUUCCACACAGCAACUCUGAGGUGGUGUGUCUGCAGUGUGUUUUACGCAGGAAGUGGACGCAGAGUGAUGACCUGGAUCACUCCAUUAUCGCUUCUGUGACGCAACCAAAGAAUGCUCUGGAACCCGCCCACACUACUGAAGUUGCCGCCCACGAUAUCCACAAGGACGCCCAUGAUCUCCAAAAGGACACUUACAGUGACUCAUCACCUACUCACAAUCUCCAUAACCACAUCUUGUCUACUUCAGAACCCGCACAGGAUGUUGAAAACAACCACACCCACAGUGCUUCAACAUCCACUAAUGGGACCCCAAACCACACCCACCACACUACAGCACCAACCCACAACACUGAAAACCACUCCCAUGUAGACUUAGCACCCACCCACAAUGCACAUGACCACACCCACAUGGACUUUAAUAUUGAAGAACACACCCAUGGAACUCUGGCACCAGAACAUCUACAGUCUGCUCCAGGCGUUCCAGAAUGUCCUCACAGUCCAACUCCAGGGCCGUCAACAGCACCUAGUGGCCAAACGCCAGGUCGUCUUCACUCUGCAGAAUCAUCUGAUGAAGAUAAAAGUUUCUGCCAAGUGUGUAUGGAGCCUUUUCCACACAGCAACUUGGAGGUGGUAUGUCUGCAGUGUGUGCUACGCAGGAGUUGGAUGCAAAGUGAUGACACUGACUGCUCCAUUGUUCCUUCUGGGACCGCAUCCCCUAGUAUUCUUGAAAUCGACAAUGAUGUUGAUGAUGCCACAUCCAGUGCCUCGUUAUCUAUUCACAAUGUCCGAAACCAUUCCAAUAGUAUUACUGGUCACCCCAUUAUUCUGACUGUGUGCCACUCACCCCGUGAUCCCGAACAAAAUAAUGAAGAUGCUACCCAUGAUGUCCAAACCCCCUCCCAUGAUAUACAAAGCCCCUCCCACGAUAUACAAAGCCACACCCAUGAUGUCCAAACCCCCUCCCACGAUGUACAAAGCCACACCCAUGAUGUCCAAACCCCCUCCCACGAUAUACAAAGCCACACUCAUGAUGUCCAAACCCCCUCCCACGAUGUACAAAGCCACACCCAUGAUGUCCAAACCCCCUCCCACGAUGUACAAAGCCACACGCAUGAUAUCCAAACCCCCUCCCACGAUAUACAAAGCCACACCCAUGAUGUCCAAACCCCCUCCCACGAUGUCCAAACCCCCUCCCACGAUAUACAAAGCCACACUCAUGAUGUCCAAACCCCCUCCCACGAUAUACAAAGCCACACCCAUGAUGUCCAAACCCCCUCCCACGAUGUACAAAGCCACACGCAUGAUGUCCAAACCCCCUCCCACGAUAUACAAAGCCACACCCAUGAUGUCCAAACCCCCUCCCACGAUGUACAAAGCCACACGCAUGAUAUCCAAACCCCCUCCUCUGAGGUACAAAACCAGACCAAUCGUCUUUUAGUGUCCACCCAUGAUGUCCAGAUCCACCCUGAUAGCACCUCAGUGUUGACCCAUGAUGUCCAAAACCACACCCAAGGUUACCCCAUUAUUCUGUCUGUGUGGCACUCACCCUGUCAUCCCGAACACAAUAACGAAGAUGCCUCCGCUGAUGUCCAAAGCCACACCCAAGGUUACCCCAUUAUUCUGUCUGUGUGGCACGCACCCAGUGAUCCCGAACACAAUAAUGCAGAUACCUCCCAUGAUGUCCAAAACCCCACCCAAUGUGCCUCAGUCCUCAACCAUGACACUUAUUACCAAACACACUCUGAGUCGGCAUCCACCCAAAUUCACACUUCGAGUAACUCGGUGUCCGCUGUAACGGAACAAGACCAAACCCACAGUGCUUCAGUUCAAAAUACACAAGCCAGCACCUGCCAAACCCCAGAACCGGAGCUCCUCCAUUCAGUGCUAGGGCUUUCAGAACGCCCCCUCAGUCCGACUACCCCAGGGCCUUCAACAGCACAUGGUUGCCAGACUCCAAGUCACCACACCGCUGUACGCACCGGCACACCUCCUGGUCUACCAGAUUGUCUUCAUACUCUAAGCUUUUCUGUAUGGCCUCAAGGUCUCACUUCAGGACCUUCAACGGCACCUGGUGGCCGGAUGCCAGGUCGUCUUGACUCUCCAGAAUCAUCUGAUGAAGAUGAAGGUGUCUGUCAAGGGUGUAUGGAGCCUUUUCCACACAGCAACUCAGAGGUGUUGUGUCUGCACUGUGUGUUACGUAUGAAGUGGGGGCAGAGUGGGUCUGGGUAUGCAGAGCAAAUGUCUUGAAAUGUUUAUUUCACUUAAAAUGUUACAUUUUUGUUUGGUUUAUUGACACUGUUGCCUUUAGCAGCACAGUUACAUUAAUAGACAGUAUUGGAGAGGAAAAUUUACACACCAGCCAAAAGUUAAAAUUUAGUUUUCAAGGCUUUCAAUGCAUAUAUAUAUAUAUAUAUAUAUAUAUAUAUAUGUCAAAGUUUAACACUUGUUGAAAAUCUUUCUCUGAAUUUUAAUGAGACAACAUGCUUUGUGUUCUCUUGGUUGAUACACCGUUGGACUGUUAUGGAACAUUCACCGUUUCUUAAUGUUAGUUUACCAACCCAGUUUACUAGUGGUUCAAGCACAAUACUACAGGCAGAGAUAUGAUGCAAACACAAAUAUUUCCAGUCUUCUGUCAUGUUUUUACAGAGGGUGUGAUUGAAGAGUUUGUAGCAUGUUUUAUGUAUGGACAAGAUGCCACGUAAUGGAAAAUGGUUCUGGAAAAUCUAUGAUUUAAAACUAGUUUUGCAGUCUUGUUUAAAAAACACCUGUAACAUGUUGUUUGAAAGUGCCUAUGUAUGUUUUAAGAGCUUGCGAGACAAAUGGACAACAGUAAGACAAAUCAGUUUAUCUUCCAUUACCUCAUGUUACAGGCCUGUUGAGCCUAAUGCUAGAGAUUUAUAAUAAACGUUAUACCUCUGCAUGUCAUUUAUUUUUUAUUAUUAUUAUUAGUCAACCACAAAAAAAAAAAGUUAAACAAUAGGAAACACUAAUAAAUUAAACAAAUUAAAUUAAAAGUUCCAACAGUACACAUUUCAAUAAAAACACAAGGGAAGGGAUUGAGGCUGUAUUUCCUUUCUUUUGUAAUUAUCCAUGCUCAUGACUAUUUGAGAAAAAAAUUAUGUAGCGUUAAUCUUAAGGGCAGCUGGUGUCCGGCUUCAUGCUGACUGGGGCAAAAGCCUAUUAGACCAAGAGAAGUCACAUGGGUGGCCGUGACCUUUGACCCAACCCAACCCCCCUAAGGUCUCAACACAGUCUUCUCUAACUUGUGGGGGUUGGAGAUUUGAACAUUUUGUUGAGAAUAUCUCAGAAUUUAAUGGACAGCAAGAAAUGUAUGAUUUUAAGUAUUGUGUAUAUUUUUGGGAACAAUCUAAUCAGUCAAGUCUGUUAAAUAGCAAAAGGCAGCCUGUAAAAAUACAUCUACAAGGGGUAAAAAUCACAAUAAGCUUGUGAGGUUAAAUUAAAACACAUUUUUAUUAGGUUAUUUACGAUAUGUAAAGUUUGACUUUUUCAAAUGAAUCCUUUUUGAAAAUAAAAGCCCUAAAAACUCUUUUAAAAAGUUGUAACAGUACACCAUUACGUUUAGGUAAGCAUGACAUGAAUUAAAUCCCAAGAACACACUAU